GUGCAAUUUGUUUUUUUUAAAAAAACAAACGCGGUGUCCUUUUUGUGUCAUGCCAGAACGUGUCUCCCGUUGUUUGCAUCACGUCUGUUACAGCCGGACCGGAGCUCGUGUAAAUGGCUUUAGCACUGCAGCUAAUUGUGCGGCAAGGCAGACAAGACCCCAUUUCUGAUGCGCAACACCACGUAAGACUAAAGAGGGACAAAGCGUUGUGUGUCUGGAGAUACAUAGACCCCAUCAAAGGAAGAGGUGUGUUUGCAUUAGAGCCAAUUCGUAAAGGCUCAUUCAUUUUGGAGUACAGAGGAGUUUUGGAGAAGACUGAGAAGACUGCAACAUGGAAUGAGUAUACAUACAUCUUCAAACAUAAAGGAACAGAAUAUUGCAUUGAUGCUUCAAGUGAAGAUGGGACACUUGGCAGACUCGUGAAUGAUGCUGAAAAGCCGAAUGCGAAAAUAAAAAAAAUAGAGGUGGAUGGUGUACCCAGUCUGUGUUUGUUUGCCAUCGUUGACAUUGAGGAAGGGCAAGAAAUAACCUAUGACUACGGAGGAGAAAACCUGCCAUGGCGUUCUUGCCAAAGGCAUCAAAUAUCCAAGCCUAUGGCUCCAACUACAGUCAAGAAACCUGUUCCCCACACACCAGUCCUCUCUCCUACAAGUCACACACCAGUCGUGUCUCCGUCUACAGGUCACACAUCAGUCGUGUCUCCGUCUACAGGCCACACACCAGUUGUGUCUCCAUCUGCAAGCCACACACCAGUCGUCUCUCCAUCAACAGGCCACACACCAUUCCUCUCCUCCACAGUGCUUCCUGAAGAGAUGGUUGGAUCACAGCAGCAAGCCAAGAGGCCAGGCAGUUGCAAUGAUGCUUUUGAAGAACAGAGAGGAAGGAAGAGAAGAAAGCAAGAGAAUUCAGGAGGAAUGAGGAAGAGAGAUAGGGAUUGCAAGACACAUCAUGUCGUGAAAGAGAACUUGGGCUCAUUUGAAAAAUGCUCACUUUGCCGUGGGCCAUUUUCUUCAUUGAAGUGGUGGGGGCUAAGAUGUGAAGUUUGUACCACUGUAUGGCAUACAUACUGCUUUCACUCCAAAGACAAAAGACAAAAGACUUCGCCUAUGGCUCCAACAGUCGAGAAACCUGUUCUCCACACACCAGUCCUCUCUCCAGCCACAAGUCACACACCAGUCAUGUCUCCGUCUACAGGCCACACACCAGUUGUGUCUCCGUCUACAGGCCACACAUCAGUCGUGUCUGCGUCUACAGGCCACACACCAGUUGUGUCUCCGUCUACAGGCCACACACCAUUCCUCUCCUCCACAGUGCUUCCUGAAGAGCCUAUGGCUCCAACUACUGUCGAGAAACCUGUUCUCCACACACCAGUCCUCUCUCCAGCCACAAGUCACACACCAGUCGUGUCUCCGUCUACAGGCCACACACCAUUCCUCUCCUCCACAGUGCUUCCUGAAGAGAAUGAAAGUGACUUCAGUGAAGAGGAGGCAUCGGAUGAUGUGUGUGAUCCAGAAUACGUUCCAGGCUCAGAAAGUGACACAGAAGAUGAGGAACCAAUAAAAGGCUUGGCGAAUUCAACAUGCCAGGUUGCUGAAGAAUCACUAAUGGAUACUUCUAUGAACUGUACUGUCACAGAUGACAUUGACAUUGGACAAUCUUGCACCAACACAGUACCUUCAACCAGUGUUUCUCCCAGCAGGCUCAGCAACUAG